AAAGUUUCCCAGCAUGCAUUUCGGCGCGGCAAAUUAGAAUUUAUUUUCACGAGCAACAUUACUUACUUGAACAUUUUAAUACAUUUUAAAUGCUAAACACAAGACAUUACCAAUAGUGAACUGAGAAUGAGCAGCCCAACAAGCACACCCAAACCAGCGGACCCCUUUCUCGGUUUAUGGAUACAACUACGGGAAUGCCACCAAAAACGACUCCAGGAACUUGAGGAGAAAGUACGCACGUUAAAAAAAGAACGCCGUCUAGAUGCAGAGACUCUUCAGCUGUUUUAUACUAAUAACCAAGAGCUGAAACAGCAAACCAAAACUCUACAGAAUGCCAAUAGUCUUUUGGAAGACAGGUUACGGGCAAAAGAAUGUGAUCGGUGUGCAAUCUUGGAAAUAAACUUGAAAAAUGGCCAAGAGCAUAGCAAGCUGACCAUCAACAAACUCAAGUAUGAAAGAAAGUGGCUGCAGGAUGAAAACCACAAACUUCAGGCUGAGCUGCAAAUAUUAAAGACAUGCUCCGAACCACAGGUGGCCCUCUCCCAAGCCUACGAAGAUGGCAUCAUCCCAGAUUCACCAGUCCUGGCCAGCUCACUUCCAGUCGUCAAUAAAUUGAAGAAACGUAAAUACAUGGACAAUAGCAAACAUGUUCACUAUGCAGAGGAUCCCAAAUUCAAGUUCUGCAGAUCACUCUUCAAAGAACCAAGUGACGCUACAAAAACGGCUGCAAAAACACAAGUGCUUGUUCCUGACACGUGCCAAAUGGAAACAUUCCAGAUUUUAGAAGAAGAAAAGAAUGACGAAGUGGUAGCAGAAACAUGUGGCCUUGAACUUGUCAACACAUUUCACAUGAAAACCAUAACUGAAGGAAAACGAUACAAUGCAAAAUUGACCCCGUUGUCUGAUCUCCAUCGACAGCCUCGUCGUACUCCUUCACCUUCCACUCCAGUCCACAGUCCAGACUCCACCGUAGUAAAGUCACCGUCUCGUUUCCCUCGUGGGGAAAAGCGGACUGAGCAUGACUCUCGUGGAAAAGAAAAAAUACAGGAAGAUUAUGAACCGAAAGGGCUUACGAAGAAACAAACCUCUUGUCAAAGCUUCAAGGAGCCACCCAAGGUUCAAACUCACAACCAAACUGCUGACUGUGGAAGUUCACCUUUCAAGAAGCCAAACUUAAAACCUAAAGAACAAGCGCACCGCAGACAAAAGCACCUUCAGGUCCAAAAUGCUCCACACAAACAUGGUCAUCCAGAGGAUGCAGAGACGAAGCACAGAGAAGAGAACAUGUGGAGCAUUGACCCUGCCCUCGCCCUCUCCAUGUAUGACAGCGAGCCAGCAGCAGAUGAGCUCAAAGGAGAGCAACAUGAAGAAUUGUAUGACAGCGACUGCACUUGGAUUAGUCACAGCUUACUUCAAGGCGGAGGCCAGAAAGAUGACAAUGUGUCAGGUAUUGGUGACAAGGCUAAUGACAGUCUGGAAAGAAUGUUUGACGCCACCGCCCGCGACGAGUACAUAUCUUUCAACAGCUCACAGGUUGCCUGUCAACCUUGUGAGGAAGAGGAGGACGAGGAGGAAGAGGAGCCUCCAGAAAACUUUCCACGGGGGCACAAAUUGCAGCAGCCAACUUAUGCCCACGUGGCGGUGGUCCGCAAGAAGGACGAGAGAAGAAAACUGAAAGGCACCACCUGCAAAGAAUGUGAAGUUUAUUACGCUCAUCUGCCAGAGGAGGAGAAAGUGAAGAAAUUGUCGGAAUGCUCUCGGCACCGCCAUCGCUUCGUUCCACCGAGCACCCCAGAGAACUUCUGGGAAGUCGGAUUCCCAUCCACGCAGACGUGCAUAGAAAGAGGUUAUAUAAAGGAGGAGAAGAUCCCGCAGACUCGUUUAAGGAGAAAGCAGCCUUUCACUGCUCUGUUCUCCCCAAAGCCUGCUGAAGAGCUCGACACAAAAUAAGAUGUCAAAAUUGCACCAAAGAUCUAAAUAAAGAAUGUUAUUUUGAACUUUUA